UUGGGUGCAGAGAACUGUUUAUCCGGUCUGUUUCCUUCAGGGUCCGGCGGUGUCUGUGGCAGGGGUCCUGCCGCUCCUGGGCCCUCCCCCACGGGAGCCCAGAGGCCUUAUACAGUUUCCUCUUGGGCCAGGGAUGUGGGCAGGGGUGAGCAGUGUUGGUGGUCUCUUCCGCUCUGCAGCCUCAGGAGUGCCCACCUGACCAGGCGGUUGGGUCUCUCUCUCACCGGGUCUGGGAGCAGAGAGCUGCUGCGGGCCGGGAUCCGCGGGUGUCAGGAAUCCUUAUCUAUCCACCGUGCUAGAAGCUCUGGGUUCCAUCCCCAGCGUCACACAAACCCACAUGUUGGCUCAAACCAGUAAUCCCAACACCCAAGAAGUGGAGUCAGAAAGAUCCACAAGUUCAAGGUCAUCCUCCAUCCUCCCUAGUGAAUUUAAAACCCACCAAGCGUAUGAGACUCUCAAAAUGGAGAAAGAUAAGAAGGGGAAGUGCUCGGCGGUGGUAGGGAGGUUGGGUAUGCUGAAAACUGGAUAAUUUAUUUACUCUCUCAAGUUAAACACCAGACAGGAUUGACUAGUGCGGAUCUCACUACAUUCUGGUUCGCAGGCAGUGAACUCUGUUGAGGGCGUUCCUCAAUCCCUUUAAGUGUAAGAUUGGAUUUAUUUCCUAGAGCUACUGGUUGAGAAAGCAGCAACAACAGAACUCAGACAGAGGAAGAGGUGUGACUUCCUACUUCCGGCAUCUAGGCCAAAAGAGCCAUUAGCAGAGCCGCAGAGCAGCGGAGCAGCUGGGAACCUGGGAACCUGGGAUUGUUCCGGAGCUCACUAACUCGCCAACCCAUGUGAGGUCCUUACUGCAGAGGUUCUAGCCAGGUAGACAUUGAUGCUUUGUGGUGCCCACAGGUCUUUCACGUUAAAGAUCCUAAAGACUCGUAAGCCUAAGAAGGCCAGGGAUCCACCUGUGUGGAGCAGUUUUUCCUUAGUAAACUACGCAAGGUCAGAUGGUUCCAGAUAAGAACUGACCCAAACGUGUUUCUCAUUCCCUCUGAUAUUUGGCAGCAUUUUGGAGCACUAGUGAGGAUCAUGGCUCAGGUACAAGGGGAAGCUGGGGCCGGGGGGGGGUGCUCCUUGAAUCUGGGAUUUCUAGUGGAUUUAAAUAUGUAGGGAGAAGUCAGGGCCGUUUGUUACUGGUUUCUUUGUGAAGGCCUAGUUGAUUCCAGGCACAAUUGAAUCGGGUGCUGAGACAUCGGGAAUUCAGAACUUUGUGUGCACGUGUGGGAACCUACCAGAUCUGAAAAAGUGUUCGUUCUUACUGCACUGUGUGGACUGUGUGAGAGAGGUACUGAUAGCAGCAGGGAGCAGGGUAGAAAGGAAAAACUGGAGCCAGCUGUUUGUGAUGACAGAGCCACUGCCGACCUAGAACUCAUGAGCCAGGCUAAGCCGUAAACUCGAAAUCCAGCUUCAGCCUCUGAGGUGCUGGGGUCACAGGCCCGUGCCAUCAUGCCUGAUUUAGAAUCACUUUAAACACCAGAGAGCAGUUACUGACCAUGGGGAAGCUUUGAGGAUGAUGAUACAAGGACAGCAGAGGGGUGUCAGAGGUCGUCAAAGCUGAGGCGGCAUUCCAAACAUGCCCUAUGAGGUGAGGAGAGAAGUCUGUUGCUGUGCUUGCUUAGGGACUUUGAACACAAAGACACAACGGCCCAGAGACCUGUGUGCCUGUAUGUGCCCUUCCAGGGGAGAGCAAUGCGGUUGGACGGUCAGAACCAGAGGAAACUGGCUUGAGGAAGCAGGAACCACCGGGGCUGUGGGUGAGCAGGGCUACCGUGCUUCCCUCUGCAUCUGGGAAACCUGGUGGUUUCAAGCGAUAAGAGAGAACUAAGGAUCAUUCUGGGUGUGGUUUUGGAAACAGCUGGAGUGGGAACCCUAGUAAGAGGCAGCAUUUUGGAGCACUAGUGAGGACCAUGGUUCAGGCACAAGGGGAGGCUGGGGCUGGAGGGAGGGCUCCUUGGAUUUGGGAUUUCUAGUGGAUUUAAAUACGUAGUUUGCAGCAACCUGACCCUGGGAGGAAUGUUUUGGAUGCUGAAAAUGGAGCUAGGACUAGGGGUGUGGCACAAUUGGUAGAGUGAGUCCUGCACCAAGGCCCCAGGCCUGCAUAAAACCAGGUGUGGUGCGUGCCUAUAAUCCCAAUACCCUGGGGGUAGAGGUGGGAAAAGGCCAUCAAGGAGCUCAGAGCCAGCUUUGGCUUUAUGAAACCUGUCUCAAAAGAGAAAAAAUAAAGCCGGCACUGAUGGCCUUGCCUCUAAGGUAAGGAGAAAGCAAAUGGGAAGGGCUCACCCUGAUGGUGAGCACGACCUGGGGUCUUCUGGGUCGAGGGAGAACUCUGAACAGAAGAAAAUGUUUGGUCUCAGUAUGGCAUUUUCCUUCUUUCCUUCCUUUUUUUCUUCAACUAGGCAUUUUCUUAGGCUUUUUUUUUUUUUUUGGCAAUUUCUUCUUCCUAGUGUACACAUAGCACUAUUCACUUUGAUAUAGUUCAAGAAGAAUAAGCAGGAAGGGGAUGACAGUGUGGCCAUCUAGAUUGCGGGUAGGAAUUGAGUUCAUUUUUCAUGGGCCUGCAUCCCAAACAGUGAAAGCGAUGAGUGCUGUGGAUGAGGAGAGACUCAAAGUGGGUCCCAGGACUUAAGAAUUGUCAUUUAAACCAAAGGCAAGCAUGGAGUGAGCGGGAGAAAGGGGGUCAGGUCAAUCUUAAACCGUGUUGUUGUUUCUUGGAGAAGGUCAGAGUAGAGGAGGAAGACCAACGGCCUGGCUGGGCAUGGUCCCAUGAGCCUAUAAUCCCAGCACUUGGGAGGUAGAGGUCGGGUGAUCUAGUCCAAGGCCUACUUAUUUAUUUAUUUUAUUUGGUUUUUUGAGACAAGGUUUCUCUAUAGUCCUGGCUAUCCUAGAACUCACUGUAGGCCAGGCUGGCCUCGAACUCGGCGAUCCACCAGCCUCUGCGUCCCAAGUGCUAGGACUAAAGUCGAGUGGUGUGCCACCACUGCCUGCUUCCAAGCCCAAUUUUAAAAGAUGUGUGCAGGUGGUGGGGCCCAGUGAGUAAGGCUCUCACUGCCAAGCCUGAUGACCCAGGUUCUGUCCCACACGAUGAAAGGGAAGAACCAACUCUCCAAAGUUGUCCUCUGACCACUUGUGUGCCACGGCACCUGUAUGCCCCACAUAGCCACACAAAAUAAAAAUGAAUGCAAUACAAACAUUUGAGGGGCGUUGAAUUACAGAUAUGCAAAGUGGAAGGCAGUGAGUAAACUGCGGAUGCUGAGUCGGUAGACGGGCCAGGCUUGGUGAAGCUCAUGGCGCCUUUUCUGCCAAUGGCUAAGCCCCGCUUAAAGAAGGCCAUUGGGGCAAGAAGUAGCAUAGUCAUUCUUCCCAAUGUCACCCUCCCCAUCUCCUCCUCUUCCCAGUGAAACAGCCUGUCCCUUUCCUCAUAAUCAGCAUUGUUUUGGGCAGGUGUGCGGGAGGCUAAACACUGGACAUCCCAUAUUCUCCCAAUGAGCUGCCCCUAGCCAUUGUUUUACACUGGGGGACGGUGUUAAAGAUUCUCUGUAUUAUCUGACUAUCCCGAGAAGCUCUAAGUGCCCAUCUGAACCUGGCUGACCAUAACCCCAGCAAUCGUAUUGUAUGCAGAGACCAUAAAUACCAGCUUGGCUAAGCGCAGGUGUGGACUUCUGAUCCGAGUCUGGUCCUCCUUGAACAGGUCACACUUGAGGAUGACUUAGGAGUUCUACUGUCAGGUACUCAUGUGUCAACUUGCUCGACUGUCUUGCUUGUCUUCAACUCCUCUGUUCCUUGUGUGGCUUUUGGAGAGCCCCCUCCCUGUGGAUGGACGCUAUCUUUUCUCCUUGGCACCUUUUCUUAUAGGGCACCAGGGUGCUAACCAUCAUCUAAUAGUAAGAAAGGACUUUACUGUCAAAAGUUCACUCUUCAUCUUUCCACAUUGAAGAAACAACUGAGGCCCCUUGAAAAUUCUUUCACCUCAGCAAAAUCUGAACUCAAUUUAAAUCUCUCCACAGGAAACCAAACCCCAGGCUGGGGGUGUAGCUCAGUUGGUAGCAUGUGCAAAGCCCUGGACUUGACUUCCAGCACUGUAUAAACCAAAGGUGACAGUGUACGUGCCGUUAGCACUUAGGAGGUAGAGGCUGGAGGACCAGACAUCCAAGGUUGUCUUUGAGCACAUAGAGUGUUCCAGGCUCCAGCUACUUCAGACAGAAGAGAGAGGGGGUGGAGGGCAGUGAGGAGGGAGAAAGACUUAGGUCCUGGGUAGGGACUUCAGCCCCUGUAUCUGCUUUAGAAUUAACUAUCAGGCCCUCCCAAGGAUAAGGGCCUUGGCCCCAGAGACUGCCUAGGUUUGAACUAUAUAUCCCAUGGCACACUGUGUAUCCAGAGUACUGCUGCUUCAUUAGUCAAACUCCAACAGCAGAAAUAGCCUAAAUUUAGAGAUUUGGUUAAAAAUCAAAGCACAGUGCAGAGCUGCUCCAGCAUGCUACUCAGCCCUCUAAAGUGUAUUCACCCAUUAGGAAACGGACAGUGGAUCUCAGCAUGGCUGGACAUUGCUUAUCAGUGAAGAUGAAUUAUUCUAUUGAGAAAUGUUUCAUAAUCAUAGCCGGAGUGCUUUGACUCCAACUAAGAUAGCUGUGUGGUUACUAGACGAUAGUCUGUUUUGUUUCAAGGAGAUUUUCAUUUAAAAAAAAUAGUAUAUUUUGUGUGUAUGUGGUGUGUGUAUAUAUGUGUAGUAUGUGUAUAUAUGUGUGAGAGUGUGUGUGGUAUAUGAGUAUGUGUGUUAUAUAUGAGAGUGUAUAUGUGUGUGUGUUGUGUGUGUAUAUGUGUGUAUCUGAGAGUGUGUGUGUGGUGUAUAUGAGUAUGUGUGGUAUGUGUGAGAGUGUGUGUAUGUGUGUGUGUUGUGUGUGUAUGUGUGUAUCUGUGUGAGAGUGUGUGUGUGGUGUAUAUGAGUAUGUGUGGUAUGUGUGAGAGUGUGUGUGUGUUGUGUGUGUAUGUGUGUAUCUGUGUGAGAGUGUGUGUGUGGUGUGUAUGAGUAUGUGUGGUAUGUGUGAGAGUGUGUGUGUGGUGUGUAUGAGUAUGUGUGGUAUGUGUGAGAGUGUGUGUAUGUGUUGUGUGUGUGUGUACACUUGUACAGGUGCUACAGGACACAUGUGAAGGUCAGAGGACAACUUGUAGGUACUGGGGAAUAAACUGAGGCUUGUCAGCAAGUGUCUUUGCCUACUGAGCCAUCUUGCUUACCCAGCAAUAUCAUCUUAACGGGACCACCGUUGUCCACGUGAAUUCUGUCGAUCAAAAUACUCUAUAGCGCGUAACUAUAUAUUGUUUUGGAAGGAGACUAAAUCUCAAGCCAGCAUGACAAAUGUGACUUCACACUUUACAAUAGAGAAACCAUAGUCCAUGAGGGUAGAAUAGCAGGAGUUAGGUUGCAUGAUUUGCACUGCCAUUGAAGCAGGUUUUCUGUUAGAACAUUCCUUAGCUGAAUGGAAAGAAGUCAUAGAGGAAAAUGCAGCCAAGCUUUCAGAAUCAGCUGCCAUGAGCCAUUGAAUGGUGCUAGUUCUCAUUCUAGUACCUUCGUUUUGGACGGGGUCUCACUGACUGGUCUGGAAUUUUCUGUGUAGACCAAGCUGGCCUUGAAUUCACGAAGAUCAACUCUGAAGUCAUGAGACUAAUGGCCUGCAACACCAUGCACAGCUUGAUUUCACCUUAGUUUAGUUGCAUGAUAGUCCCUUUUAACUUACAAUUUAAUUAGAAGAUUUAAUGACCUAGUCUUAUGCGUGGAAUAGUAUUUACAGCAGCGGAAAGUUCUAAAGUUAUCUGAGUUUUUAAAACAGAUUUGUGUGUGUCUAUGUAUUAUCUGCAUGCAGUGCCCGCAGAGGCCAGCAGAGGGCACUGGAUCCUCUGGAACUAGAGUUACAGCUGGCUGUGAGCUGCCAUGAGGGUGCUGGGAACUGAAUGGUCCUCUGUAAAAGUAGCCAGCGCUUUCAACUGCUGAACUACCUCUUUAGCCCAAAUUAUCUGGUUUUUAAACCUGUUACAACCAUGAUAAACCUUGUGCUCAUUAGUCUGUGCAACAUUUGGGCUCUGGUGACAGCUCAGGCAGAAAGUACUUGUGGAGCAAACUUGAAGAGCAAAGUUUGAUCCUGGCACCCACGUGGAAAGCUGGGUGUGUGACACAUGUGUGACCCCAGUGCUGAGGAGGUGGAGACAGAAGGUCCCUGGGGAAUCACUGGGCAGUCCCUAGCCCUGUCCCACCGAGAGACUCAAAAACCAAGGCUCCCAAGGAAUAAUACCAGAGCUUAGCCUCUGGCCUGCACUCAUGUGUACAACUGCCCACAAAUGAAUAUGCAUACAAGCAAGGCAUGCACGUAUACACAUUCAACGCACACAAACGCUGAACACUAUUAUACAUUCAUAUAUAUACAUAUGUAUGUAUGUACGUAUGUAUGUAUAGAUCCUAACAUUACAGUGCGUUACAGCUGAUGCAUCCACCAGCUAAGACAGAUGUAAUCCUAGCACCCUGGAGGCAGCAACAGAAGAAGGAUAUAAGGCCAGCCUGUUCAAUAGAGGCUAAGGCUAGUUGGUAGGACCAUGUCGCCAUGUUCAAAUGAAAGCAGGCUUGAGAGGUGGCUCAACAGGUAUAAGAAUGCACUGCUCUAAGAGGACACAAGUUUGGUUCCCAGCACUUACAUCAGGUGACUCACAACCACCUGUCAGCCCUGGAAGGUUAUGACAACAUUGGCCUCCUUGGGGCCCUAUGUACAAAUCCAUACCUAUAUACAUAGACAUAAUUUUUAAAAUGUUAAAUUAAAAACAAAACCCAAUGAGCAAUAAUUUUCCUCCUCCGUUAAAGUGUCCUCUCCAGACUGUGUCAAAAGUACUCACGUCCAACAUCGGUGACUAUGCUCUAUUAACUUUAAAGUAACGUAAAACACUCUCUCUUUGGACAGAGAAGAUGUCUUCAGUAAAAUGAUGCAUCAACAGAGUCUUCUCCCAUUUUUUCUUCUAGAGAAAUACAUUCCUGAUUGGUGCGAUGGAUGACUCAUUUCAGCAUGAACUUGAAGACUUCAUUAGAAAGCAGAAAGCGAGAGGAUUACAUCCAAAUGUCUCCUUCAGAAAGAUGGCAGAGGAUUCUGUUCCCCAAAAGAGAGAUGGUGUCAGCCCUGGAGAUACACAGCUGGGGUUACCAUUCUGGUUCAGAAACUACUCCAGAUCCUCUCCUUCCUAUAAAAGGCUGACUGUGGAAAACCAGGUACCUUACUGCAGACAAAGACUGGAAUCUCUAAAGGAUUGUCUGAAAAUCCAGCCAGUCGGUCCAGACAGAAAGGAGAGGACAAGGCACCAAGAGGAAGGAGGAGCCACCACUCAGGAGCCAGGGGUGCCCAAGGGGAGACUCUACAAGGGGAGAGUGAGAGGUCUGUGCAGCGAGGAUAGCCUCAGCAGAAGGAAGGCCUCAGCAGAGCCAGGGGGUACACAGAAGUCUAAAUACAGAAAGGAGAACCACCAUAAUGGGAGAGACUCUACCAAAGGCAGACACCGGUCCCACCGAAAGAAGAAGGGGCCAGAGGAGAGGGAUUUGUGGGAUGAAGCUAUCUUGGGCAGUCGCUACUGAUUGUGCAUUUUGAGUCCCAUGUGUUGAUUCCCUUGGUAAGGAUGGAUUAAAUGACCUUAGAGCAAUUAGACUCCAGGAGGCUGCUGUGCUCCAUGUGCUCUACUGGGGUAGAAAUUGUGAGUCUGCACCGGGGAGCUCUUCCAGUGCUGGCAGUGACAGACCCUUUAGUAUGCAAGGCCUUCGGGCUGUGCUGACAGACAUAGUGACUUAAAAGCCUGAGUGUUGGGAGUUUAGAAGCCAAUCAGUCCAGAUAGAUCUCGGAGCUGAGGCUCGAGAUGUUCUGCUCCGAGCUUUAAUCAUCAAAGGUCCUAGCACUUGGCUCUGGAGCAGAAGCUCGCAGGAGUAGGUGGUAGCUGCCAGCUGUCCAUCAUUCCAACCGUCAGUUCUUGUGAGAGGCCAGGACUUCAGUUCUGGGGACUGGGGUAUUCAGACGCCUGGCAUCUCCCUGAUACUCUUCCUGUGAUCAGGGCCCACUUGCCCUUCUACAGCUUUUUGUUGUCUCCAGUGCUUCUGCUUCCUGUUGUUUCUGCCCUUGGCCACUCCGGGAACUUCAGCCACGUUCUUACCAUCACUGCUGCUGUGGAAGACACGGCACCAAUAGCUGUGUCCACCUUUGCCAUUGCUACCAUUCUGAUGAUGCUCCCGUCCUUCACUCUGUCUUCAGCCCCUCUACUAAAAGAAAGAUCAAAAGAAGCUUGUCAAAAGAAUUGUGAUCUGCACUAAUCAGCUCCAUGUUUUCCCCAUGCUGAGGAUUUAAUCCAGAGCCUUGGCACGAAAGGUCAGAGCUCUCUCACUGAGCCACAUCUUACCCCCAGUCAUGAGCCUUCUUCUGAUGGACCACCAAGGGAAGUGCCCUGCCACACCUCGUCUGGCUAAAAUUGGCUGCAGGAUUCCCUAACACUCACCAAGAUCUAUGACUAGCAAGUCAACAUAGGCUGUGUAAAACACUCUUAGCCAUAAUAGCUGGGAUUAAAGGCAUUCGCCACCAUGCCUGCCGUCCGAGAAUUGUCUUACGAUAUUAACCAGAUGCUAUUGAACAAGAUAAAUUAAUAGAUGUGUUAGUCAAAACAUUUAGAAGCAAAGCAGAAGGCUUUGCUCUAAAAAAAAUCUAUAAAAAUUAGAGUCUUGAACAUAAGCAUUAAAUAAAUACACAGAGGAACUCCAGAAAGACAUGGGUAUCUGGUAGGAGUGGGUUCAGGAGACAAGAACUUGGUGGGUAAAGGACAGCAUUGUGGGGCAGACUAACCUUUGAGGGCCCAGUGAGACAGCUUGGAGUAGAGAUCCUUGCCACCAAGCCUGGCUUAAACCUGAGUUUGAUCCCUGAGUGGGCCCACACUGUAGAGGAGAGAGACAACUCCUGCAGUGUGCUGGUUUUUAUACAGAGUUUUGUUUCAUACAAGGCUUUUUCCCAUAGCUAUUUGUAAAGGCAAGAAACAGAGCAGAGGGAAAUUAUUUUUAUCAUUCUCUUCAAUGUCCAGCCCCAGGUAUCAAAUCAUCUCUAAAACAGGACCUUAUGCACGAGUCUGGCUUUACUGCUUCCAGUAGGGGGUGGUAGAAGGUCAUUGUGGAGUAGAAUCAGGAAAGGGGGACCCUGCUUUCCCUGGUGUGCCCUUUCUAGUUACAGAAAUGGGGAGGUGCUAGGGAAAGGGUCCUACCCGUAGACGAUGCACCCCAGCAAAUGGCUUUGUUGGUGGAUUCUCUUUGCAGAGUGUAAAUCCUGAGUGGUUGAGGAACGGACCCUCAGGCUCCCCCUCUCAGAGUUGUGUCUCCUCAGCCUCACCCAUGGAGCCCAGCCCCAGACAGGUCGGCUGCCCCCUGCAGGUCACAGCCAGCCACAGGCUUGGUGGUCUUGAUCUGACAGCUGUAGCAUUUGAAUCUUCACUGUACAACGUGGAGACGUCUUCAUGAGUUGAACUGUAUUCCAGAGCAUGUACUUGUAGGCCUGGUGGAUGGCUUCAGUGUAUGGCAGUGCUUGUUACCAAGCCUGCCAACCCAAGUUCAAUCCCUGGGUCCCUCAUGGUGGGAGGAUAGAGAACCAAUCCCCCCAAGUUCUCUGACCUUCACAUGUGGUGUGCACCCACCUUCUACACCCCCCAACACACAAAGCCUUUUAAAACAUGCAUUCAUUUUAUCUUGGAUUUCAUCAAUAAAAAUGUUGUUUUGUGUUGUAA